GACAACACCAACAAGUUCCAGCCAUGAAAUUCGCUUCAUUCACCACCAUGAUCGUAUCUGCCGCAGUGAUGGCUAGCGUAGCUAUCGCAUCCGAGGACCUGUCGAUUACACCCAAGAACCUCCCUUGCAACAAUCCCGGUGAGACGGGGUGCUCGACGGGCCUCAAGGGCUACAACAACGGCAAUGAUUUCGGGUAUUUUUGUGGAGCUAACCGCAAAAUCAUAUCCUUCACGGCAUGCCCGUGCAAAAAUUGUUGUCAUGUGACUUCCGACGGGAAUGACUUCACUUGUUCAUGAUCCUUGAUGCUUGCUCAACCACACAGUGCUGAUGCGUAGAACAUUUAAUAUUGGCGUGAUACGCGCAAGAGGGCGUGAAGGAGUACUAGUACUGUAGCGUCGUGAAGCGUUUUGGAGCCAAUUGAAUCGUCA